AUGGGUUUCAGUCCUCGAGCACAAUAUGCAACAAAUGUUCGCAUCUUGGUCAAGUGCAUUGAAUGUAACUGUCUGCGAGUUCUCUACUCACAACAUCGUCUAAACCCAGAGGAGAAAAAUCUUCUUAAAAAUUUCUUGGAAACAAUUGAUUAUACAUGCGGCACAACAUUUUAUGGAAUUUCAGAUUUCACAAAAGCCAGUCCACCCUCAUUUCGAAACAAUAAUAAUUGCAGCAUAAAUAAUAACGAAGUUGAGCUUCAAGAUGCAGAUAAUGAUAUAAAUGGUGAUGGUGACUACGAUGGCGAUGGUAUGAAAGAUGAUGAAAGGUUUACUGAUGAUGGUGACUAUGAUAGCGAUGGUAUGGAAGAUGGUGAAAGGUUUAAUAAUGAUGGUGACUACGAUGCCGAUGGUAUGGAAGAUGGUGAAAGGUUUAUUGAUGAAAGGUCUGUUGAUGAAUCGUUUACAGAACUACAAAAUACAGAGAAUAGUUUAUCUUUAGAGAUAUUGUUCAAACAGAUAUUUGUUAAUGUCAAGCUUACCUGCAUGAUAUCAAUGGAAGUUCCUUACUUUUCUUCUCGCCUUUAUCCUGACGUUUGUUUCCAGUAUGGUGAUACAGAAAUCUUUUCUCCAACUCCUGCUG